AUGAUUAGAAGUGUAUUUUCAUCUUUAAGAACCAACCAAAGCCGUUUAAUCUCCAACUAUAGUUUUGUUCGUUCCUAUUCGACCGAUAAUUAUAAACCACCAUCAUGUGUAAAAGAGGAAACACCAAAAACAAAGAGUGUAAAUGUUGAACAGUAUAGUGACAAGGAGAUUAUUGAUAUGGUAGACAAAGGAGAGAUCCAACCACACAACUUGGAGACACGUUUGCCCGAAAACUAUACACGUGCCGUCAACAUUCGUCGUCAAUUGUUGGCUCGUGACCUUUCGAGAGAACACCAACGUGCCUUGCACGCUGCCGCCGUGGUAGCUGCCGCCGAAAAGGCUGCCACCUCUGGCGAGGACCCCGCCUCUAUUCCAACGGUCGUGCCACCCGAAUCCAAGGUUGAUUUCCAAAAGUCGAUGGAGAACUUGCCACUCGACCACUACGACUACACCAAUAGCUCGACGGGCGAUGCCAUGGGCAUGAACAUGGUCAGCAAGGGUGUCGAGAAGGCUCUCGAGGUCAUCACCGAGUACUUCCCAGAGAUUGACGUGCUCUCGCUCUCGGGCAACGUGUGUACCGACAAGAAGCCAUCGGCCAUCAACUGGCUCGAGGGUCGUGGCAAGUCGGUCGUCUGCGAGGCCAUCAUCUCGGGCGACAUUGUCCGCGACGUCCUCAAGACCUCGGUCGACUCGCUCGUCUCGCUCAACAUUGACAAGAAUCUCAUUGGGUCGGCCAUGGCCGGUUCGGUCGGAGGUUUCAACGCCCACGCCUCCAACAUUGUCACUGCUCUCUACAUUGCCACCGGUCAAGAUCCCGCCCAAAACGUCGAGUCGUCCAACUGUAUCACUUUGAUGGAGCAAAUCAACGACGGCAAGGAUCUCUACAUCUCUGUCACCAUGCCAUCGAUCGAAGUCGGAACUGUCGGCGGUGGCACCCAUCUCCCCGCCCAAGCUGCCUGUCUCGACCUCCUCAAGAUCCGUGGCGCCAACCUCGAAAAGCCAGGUGCCAACUCUGAGCAACUUGCCCGUGUCGUCGCCGGUGCUGUCAUGGCCGGUGAACUCUCCCUAAUGUCCGCCCUCGCCGCCGGUCACUUGGUCAGAAGUCACUUAAAGCACAACAGAAAGACCGAACAAAAACCACCUCAAGUUGACAAGAUUUCAAUGAGUCAUAAUUUACCACAUUCCGAUUAA